AUGUCGGAAAUCGUGCUCAGUUCCGACUCGGAAGACCAGAAGCCCAAGCUCGAGCCGGAGCCGUUGGAUUGCGAUGAGGUGCCCUCACCGGUUUACAAUCUCCAGUCCGUGUUCGAUUCGCUGGACUAUCUGAUCUCCCAGGAUGGGUACCUGUGCGUGGCGUGUCCGGUUCACCGGAGGCGACCCUUCCGGGACAUGAAGGACCUGCGUCGGCACAUGAUUGGCCACGUGAACGGUGGGCGAAGUUCGUCGACGUCGGAAAUUCGUUGCACCCACUGUGGGUUGUGUUUUGGGUCGGUGCUGCAGCUGAGGAAGCACUUGCUGGCGGAGUUGGACCGGGAGUAUGGGGGGCCGUCUAACUCUGGAGAUGAUCCGGCUUGUUUGGGCAAUGAGUUUGAGGAUAGUGGGGACGAGGAGGAAGUGAUUAAUUACGUCGUAAAGGGAGGUACGUUGACUUGUUCCGUUUGUGACGCCGAGUUUGGACUGGUUACGAGGUGGAACAAGGAAAAGUUCAAGAUGCACGUCGGAAAGGAUCACUGGAAGCCGGCGUUGUUCAGGUGUGAUGAGUGUGGCAAGCGGUUCUGCGAGGAGGCAAGGUUGGAGAAGCAUUUGAAGAAGCACGCUUUAGUUAUGAGCGUUGGUUGGAUGGGAACGGAACCGACGACGACGACCUGCGAGGUUCAAAUUGACGCUGAAGACGCAAUGAAGGAUCCCGUUGAUAUCCAGGAUGAGCUGCUACCUCAACCGGAAGUUUUGAUCAAAACGGAACCGGAAGAAAAUGAGCAGCCUAGUGCGAUCAUCAUUCAACCGGCAGAAUCAUCCGAGAGUUCCGAAUCGGAAUCCUCCUCCGAAGACGACAAAACCGACAAGCCCGUCUUCACCAGCAAAAAGAAACAGGCCAAAGCCGACCGAAUAGCGCGCAAGGAAGCUCUCCUGAAGACCGCCGUGCGCAAAAUCUCCGACGGCACCGACGGCAGCCCCAUCAUCCUGGCCUGCAACAUCUGCGACGAAGGCUUCCUCAAGCAGGACCUGCUCGAUCGCCACAUGGCCACCAAGCACGACGACCGCGACCGUCCCUUCCGCUGCGAGAAAUGCCCCAAAACGUACAUGAGCAACGCGAACCUGCAGGAGCACGUCCGGAUGGUGCACGAGGGCGUCAAGUUCACCUGCGACCAGUGCAACAUCCAGCUGGGCUCCAAGAGUUCCUGGAAGCGGCACAUGCGGGGUCACUCCGAGAAGGGACACUGCUGCGACAUUUGCCAGGAAAAGUGCUCGUCCCACUCGACGCUGAUGACGCACAAGCGACGGGUGCACGAGAACUCGACGAAGAACUUUAUCUGCGUGGACUGCGGGAACACGUUCGACAACGGGUCGGCGCUCCGGGACCACCGGGUCACGCACACGUCCGAGCGCAAGUGGGAGUGCACGACGUGCGGCAUGAAGUUCAAGCGGAAUCACAAUUUGAUAAGCCACCAGAGGGUCCACGCCGCGGGCCGCCCAGUCGUAACGUUCAAGUGCCAGGAGUGCGACGAAGAGUUCACCACCAAGGGCGCGUUGGCAGCGCACAAAUCGUCCCACGGCCGCAUCACCUGCCGGCUGUGCGAGCAAACGUUCAACGACCAGGCCGAACUGAUGAGGCAUCGCCGCGAGGAUCACAAAAUAACCAAACGCGACCCGGGCGUAACGUGCCGCACCUGUCACCAGCGGUUCGCCGAUCAGGGCGAGAUGUUGGAGCACCGAGCGGAGGCUCACCCGAUGACAAAUCCGAUGGAGUGUGAGGUUUGCAAGUCCGUGUUUGGAUCGGCGUCGGCACUGCGGGCUCACAUGCGGGGACACGCGCCGAAGACUCGCUCCCACGACUGUCCCAACUGUGACGAGAGUUUCAUCUGUGCGUUGAUGCUGCAAACUCACAUCAAAGAAACCCAUCCGGAUAUGAAGAACCACGUUUGUGACCUGUGCGGCCGCGGCUAUCCGACGAGGAAGCAGCUGUUGGCGCACAUGGGUCGUCACCGGAAUCCGAACCGCGAACGCGCCUCCAACACCCCUGGACAGUACAUGUGCCACAUCUGCGGCAAAGAGUUCAACUUGCGGGCAUCGUUCAAACGCCACGUGUUCAACAACCACACCAACGCGCGUGACUUCAAGUGCGCCGUUUGCGACAAGCAGCUGGUCUCGGCCGAGGGCCUCAAGCUACACCUCAAGAGUCACGACGAGCAGCACUUUAUGUGCUCGACCUGCGGCAAAGGAUUCUCCCAACCGUACAGACUCCGCGCGCACAUGCUACUGCACGAGCGUGAACUCGCCGAAGAGCGCUGCCCAAUCUGCAAUCGCGCCUUCCGCGACAAGAAAAAGCUCGACCUCCACAUCAAGUCGCACACCGGCGAGACCGAGUUCAGCUGCACGCCCUGCCAGCGCUUCUUCGCCUCCGACAAGCUGCUCCAGAAGCACAUCCAGCGAAUGCACCAAUCGUCCACGCCCUGUCCAGUGUGCGCGAAGGUCUUCCCCACCGAAGCCAAGAUGAGAAACCACAGCCGCAUCCACGACAAUCCGACGUUCUUUGAGUGUCCGACCUGUUACACGUGCAUCAAGGAGAAAAAGCACUUUGAAGCGCAUAUGAAGGGGCACCUGCAGGGUGGAGUUCGAUUCACGUGUCGGUUCUGUCCGCUGACGUUCUCGCUGGCCAAGUCGUGUCGGAAUCACGAGCGGAGAUUCCACGUGGAGCUGGUAGGGGAAGCGGUGGGGGCUGGGGAAGGGGCGAGCGGGGAGAAGCCGGCCAAGAAGAAGAAGCGGACGAUGAAGGAGGAGGAAGACGGGUUUGCUGCGGACGGAAUGAUGGACGAUCCGCUCGGGAUGAUGGACUUUACGAUGGGCCAGCGUGAGGAUGACGUUAGUGUAGGUUGAGAAAUGAAGUGUAGAUUUUUCGUGAAA